AUGUCAGAAGUCCUUAUCGUUACUCAGAAAGCACAUAGUCGAAAGCCUAGUCAUUGCCAUCUUCACCACAGUCAAGCAGCCAAGGGAGAGCUAUCAAAUACAGAUGGCAAAGCUCCAACAAGUUCUGACGAAGAUCAGUCACUUCAACAAGGAAAAGCAAGCGACAAGCUCACGGCCCAGAUUCCGAUGGAGCUAAACACCAGACCGAGUGCGGCUGUUCGAGGCGCGUCCGCUACCAGCCAAUCACGAAUAGCUAGGCACUUGACCCUCGAAGGUCUUCCUGCGGAACUGCAGCUACAGGUCCUCCGCAAUCUCUCGAACCUGCAUGACCUUAGUGCAGUCAUCCAUGCCUCGCCCUCGUUGCAUAGGUCAAAGACUUUUCACACUCAUCGCGUCUUUGUUGAUGCGUUUGCGGUUCAUCGGCUGGCCCUUCUACGCGAGUCGGGCAGUGAAGAGACGACUGAACUGCUCGAGGAAUUCAUGGACACAUAUUCCAGGUUGCAGUCCGAUCCAGGGAGCUUUAGAGCUGCAUGUACCGUUGAUGACCUUGCUGAAAUUGCGCGGUUCUACUCAUCGACUGUGGAGCCUCUGAAGACAAGCUUUUACGAAGAAUUCCGUUGUCACAAGAGAUCAAUAUGGGUGGAGAGGGAGGACAGUAACAAAUUGAGCACCACAGAGAACGUCCGCAUGCUCCGUGCGCUUUACCAUUUCGAGAUCUGGUGUAGUUGCUACGGCCUUGGGAGUAGCGCCGUCCAACUGCUACCGAUGACGACGAAUAUCGAGAUGCUGCGCUUCAUGAACAAGCACUUCGAACCUUGGGAGAUCGAAGAACUGGCGUGCAUUUAUGUUCAAACCCGGGACAGGAUGUCCCGGCUUCUCACAUACAGUGCCGAUAAUGGACCUCAUCGUCUCGACCGGUCGGCAGAGCUCAAGUUCCAAAAAUUGUCAACGCCAGAAUUCUUUGAUCUCUCCAAUACAGACACAUUUUGGUACUUCGUCGAGACUCUGGCAUCGCGUGGCCUGGGACGCUUCCACACAAUGAAUAAGUACGAUGAAAUCCUUCCACCUAUGCAGCGUGAGCUAUCCAUCGCUCUCCGAAAUCUCAAGUUCCAAGGAACUAUCAUGCAAGAAGAGUCGGACGACGAAAUUGCCAUAAUGAACCUUCAGCUUUCUGGUGGAGGUGGCAAUCGCCUCGACGAGGAUCGUAGGGAACUCCCCUUUGAUGGGGACAAAGAGAACGGUCCGCCGUUUGGAUGGGUCUUGCUAUGGGGCGGCACUUAUAGCAAUAGUCUCGGUGGACGCACACCGGAUACUACCUUGAAGGAUUGGGGCUAUGUCUUUUGGGACAAGGAGAGCAUUCCCGAUUUUAAACACUUGGCACUGAAUGAGAUGUGGAAUGGUGGUCUAGAUCCAAGAGACCAUUGGGAUUAA